CUCCUCGUCCAUCAUGGAUGAUGUUGGGGAGGUACAUCUAUGCACCUGGACCGUGUCGUCCAGAAGGAGCGCACGGGACGCCUUGAAGACAUACCUGGGAGUGUUUGUGAUGCUUCAUCUCGUGCUGCACACGGAAGCCUCAUCGGUGUCCAAGUCCUGCGAUAAAAGCUGCUUUUCGGGGAAGUGCAUCAACGGGACCUGCGUGUGUGACCACGGAUGGGUCGGGGAUCGGUGCCAGCACUGUCAGGGAAGAUUCAAAUUAACAGACCUGACAGGGUCUCUCACGGAUGGACCAGUGAACUAUAAAUACAAGACCAAAUGCACUUGGCUGAUAGAAGGAUAUCCUAAUGCAGUACUCAGGCUGCGCUUCAAUCACUUUGCCACAGAGUGCAGCUGGGACCACAUGUACGUCUACGAUGGAGACUCCAUUUACGCCCCCUUGAUUGCCGUCUUCAGUGGUCUAGUGGUACCAGAGACAAGGGGUAAUGAGACAGUGCCAGAAGUGGUGACGACAUCCGGCUACGCUCUGCUUCACUUCUUCAGCGACGCUGCCUACAACCUGACCGGCUUCACCAUCGCCUACUCGAUAAACUCCUGUCCCAACAACUGUUCGGGCCACGGCAGAUGCAGCACGGCGAACUCGGCCUCGGGUCGUGUGUACUGCGAGUGCGAGGAGUACUGGAAAGGGGAGGCCUGCGACAUCCCGUACUGCAGAGACAACUGCGGCAGCCCGGAUCACGGCUACUGCGACCUGACCGGGGAAAAGCUCUGCGUCUGCAACGACAGCUGGCAAGGUCCAGACUGCUCUCUGUCUGUUCCCUCCGCUGAGGCCUUCUGGGUGCUGCCCAGUGUCAAGCCGUUGGCGCAGUCUUUGGGUCGGGCGUCCCAUCAGGCCCUGGUGCACUCCGGGCUGAUGUGGGUGGUGGGAGGCUACUCCUUCAACUACUCCAACUACCACAUGGUUCUCAACUACAACCUGGAGACCGGCACGUGGGACGCGGUGCCUGUCGGCAGCGGCCCCCUCUACAGAUACGGGCACUCGCUGGCUCUGUACCAGGACGACGUCUACAUGUUCGGCGGGAAGCUGGAAGGAGGACCCGCCAAUGUGACGGACGAGAUGUGGGUGUUCGACAUCCCCAGGCGCUCGUGGUCGCUACGGAAACCCGCCCCGCCUCCUCCCUACGCCCUGGAGGGGCACACGGCCCACGUGGUGGAGCUGGCCGACGGCGGACCAGCGAUGCUGAUCUUCUUUGGCUACUCUCCAGUCUACAGCUACAUCAACAAAGUUCAGGAGUACAACAUCGGGUCUAACUCGUGGAAGGUUGUGUCUGCCGGAGGCGCGCUGGUGCAGGGAGGUUACGGCCACAGCAGCGUGUACGAUGAGGCCAGCAGCUGCGUGUUCAUUCACGGGGGAUACAAGGCCCUCAACAACAACAAGUACGGCCUGGUGGACCACAUGUACCGCUACCACAUCCACACGAGAACAUGGUUGAUCCUCAGAGAGAGCGGUUUGGCGCGGUACCUCCACUCCGCGGUGCUGCUGAGCGGUACGGUCCUGGUUUUCGGGGGAAACACUCACAAUGACACGUCGCUAAGCAAUGGAGCCAAGUGCUUUUCUGCCGACUUCCUGGCGUAUGACAUAGCUUGUGAUGAGUGGACCGUCCUCCCCAGGCCAGGGCUGCACCGGGACGUCACCCGCUUUGGACACUCUGCUGUGGUUAGCAACGGCUCCAUGUACGUCUUCGGAGGUUUCUCGGGCCUCCUUCUGAACGAUGUCCUGGCCUACACCCCUCCAUUCUGUAUGGCCUUUUCUAACCCGGCUCUGUGUGCUGCUGCCGGGCCAGGCCUCCGCUGCCAUUGGGUCAAGAGUAGAUGUGUCCCCUGGGAGCCAAAACUACCUGACCACAACCCGCCUGCUCCGUUUUGCCCUGCACGACCUGACAGCACAGACGAGCAGUGUUUCCGCUUCUCAGACUGUGCAAGCUGCACCGCCAACACCUGGGGCUGUCAGUGGUGCGAGGACAGGAAGUGUAUCUCUGCAUCCAGCAACUGCACUGUGCUGACUCUGGAGCUAGCCCAGCAGCAUGGCGGCGCUCUGUCUCUGUCUCACCCUCCAUCCAUGUUGUCUGAACAUCAGCUGAGCUUGUGGAAGCACGGGGCCAGAAGGAGGGGACAUUCGGUGAGAGACUCGUCCAGGUGUAAGAGCAGGGAGGAGCAGGAGUGUUUCAGACUGGCCAACUGCAGGAGCUGCUCUCUCAACGUCAACUGUCAGUGGGAGCAGCAGCAGCAGGAGUGUCAAGCGCCGCCCGGCCAGCUGUGUGGAGAGGGCUGGCACCAUGUCGAGGAGGCCUGCCUGAGGAUCAACUCCAGCAGAGAGAGCUAUGAUAACGCCCAGCACUACUGUAAAAACCUGGGAGGAAACAUUGCGUCUUUGCUCACAGACAAACAAGUCAACUUUGUUCUGGAAGAGCUACAGAAAUACCAGCUGCAAGACAAGAGGUUAUCUCCGUGGGUUGGCCUGAGGAAGAUCAACGUUUCGUACUGGGGCUGGGAGGAUGCGUCGCCCUUCGCCAACACCAGCCUGCGGUGGUUACCGGGAGAGCCCAGCGACUCGGGCUUCUGUGCCUACCUGGAGCGGGCACAGGCGGCCGGACUUAAAGCCAACCCUUGCACCGCCACCACGGACGGCCUGAUCUGUGAAAAACCUGCCGGGAGUCCUCAGAGUCAGACCGCUCCUGCCUGUAAGACUCCCUGUGCUCUGCGCACCAGCUGUGCCAACUGUACCAGCCAGGCCAUGGAGUGCAUGUGGUGCGGCAGCGCCCAGCGCUGCGUGGACUCCUCGGCGUACGUCAUCUCCUUCCCCUACGGCCAGUGUCUGGAGUGGCAGACCCAGGACUGCGCUGCCCAGAACUGUUCAGGUCUGAGGAUGUGUGCAGAGUGUCUGGAGAGAGCGGAGUGUGGCUGGUGUGGUGAUCCCAGUAACACCGGCAGGGGCGUUUGCAUGGAGGGCUCUUACCGAGGGCCCCUGAAGCCGGCAAACACCAGGGCUGGGACCCGAGACCGGGACAGACUACGAGACAGGGACAUGGUCCUGGACCAGAGUCUCUGUACGUCUGAUAGAGGCUAUAACUGGGCCUUUAUCCAAUGUCCGGCGUGUCAGUGUAAUGGUCACAGCAGGUGUGUGAACGGCAGUGUGUGCGAGCACUGUGGAAACCUGACGGCGGGGUCGCACUGCCAGAGCUGCAUGCCCGGUUACUAUGGCGACCCCAUCAAUGGAGGGAAAUGCAACGCCUGUAAGUGUAACACCCACGCCAACGUGUGCCACGUCAACACAGGGAAGUGCUUCUGUACCACCAAGGGCAUCAAGGGAGACCAGUGUCAACUAUGUGACUCAGAGAACCGUUACCUUGGUAACCCUCUCAGAGGAACGUGCUAUUACAACCUGUUGAUCGAUUACCAGUUCACCUUCAGUUUGCUUCAGGAGGACGACCGCUACUACACCGCUAUCAACUUCAUGGCUACACCUGAGCAGGCCAACAAAAAUCUUGACAUGUCCAUCAAUGCCUCCAACAACUUCAACCUCAACAUCACUUGGUCCUUAAGCUCAACAGCCGGUACCAUCUCAGGUGAAGAGAUGCCCAUCAUAGCUAGGACCAACAUCAAGGAGCACCGAGACAGCCUCUCCUGUGAAAAGUUUAACUUCCGACUUCACCACAACAUCACCUUCUACGUCUACGUGUCCAACUUCAGCUGGCCAAUCAAGAUCCAGAUUGCCUUCUCUCAGCACAACAGCAUCAUGGACCUGGUACAGUUCUUUGUCACCUUCUUCAGCUGUUUCCUGUCUCUGUUACUGGUCGCUGCCGUGGUUUGGAAAAUCAAACAGACGUGCUGGGCCUCGCGACGACGGGAGCAGCUGAUGAGAGAGCGACAGCAGAUGGCCAGCCGUCCCUUCGCUUCGGUUGCUGUAGUGCUGGAGGUGGGCGGUGACCAAGAGGAGCUGCUGCAGGCAGUGCCAAAGCCGAUAGCCAUGGAGCCGUGCUGGGGGAGCAGAGCAGGUGUUCUGACGGUGCUGCUGUACCUGCCCAGAGUCCCAUCUGGAAUACCUCCACCGGGACAGUCUGGUAUUGCUAUAGCCAGUGCUCUGGUAGACACAUCACAACAGCGAGUGGUGGACUUCAAGGAACGAGGCUUUGGUCUCAAGCACCGCAAACACACCGUGCACCAUCAAGGGACCUGUGUGUGAACUGGAUCCCCUCAACGAGACGACGGCAUAUCCACAUGUCCCCUGGGGGAUUUCACUGGAGAUAUUGUCACUGACUUUAGACACAAAGAAACACUGCAGUAAAAUGCAGAGCCUUCAGAAAUUGGGUUUGGAUGAUAUUUGAUCUUAAAGUGGCUCGAAGCGAUGAAAGGAAUGGAUAGGAGUGGAACUACUGUUUUGACAGGCACCCAGACUCGGAAAAUAGAACUUGUGGUCCCUUUCUUCCCUGCAUUAGAUGGAAAGCUUCUUCAUCAACGUGCUUUCUUUCUCCCCUGUGUGUAUUUGCUGGUCCUGAAGAGCCAGGAAAACAGCAAUUGGAAAACUAAUUGCAGAUCGACAAUGAGAAUGUGUUUCUCCAUCAUUACUUUGGGCAGAUACUGAUGAGAGCUGGCAGACUACCCUGCUUCCAUGUGGCUCUGGAUCUCCAGGGUUCUGCCUGUCUGUUUGUCAUGCGGUCUGCCAUAUUGACAGAGAAAAACACUUGUUUUCCACCAAUAAACCAAACCAAAUGGCUUUGAGCUCCAGUGGAAGAUAUUGAGCUGAAAUGAACUCCUCCUGACUCACAAACCCACUUUGACUCAGGAGUAACGCUGGAAAGAACAACACUGACCUAACUAGAUCAGUGCAAAACACUGUAGCGGGUUAUGCUCUGUGACAAGGAUUUGCUCGAGGAGAAAGUCCCCUCUGGGAAUUUUAAAGACUACUGUUGUUGAGACGUUGAAGAACCGCAUACAAAGAUCUUUGGAUAUAACUGUUAAAACAUGCCCUUUAUGAAAUACACUUGAUUUUUGUUUCUCCCUGCACCAACAUUUGAAAUUCCACGUUUUGAUAUCUGCUCAGGUCCUCUGUAAUGGAACGGUCCAUUAUCUGUAGCCGUGGGCCUUCUACAAGUCUGUAUAUGCACUAUAAGUGAAAUGCUUUACCAGUACAUCAGAGCCCUCCGUGGGGUAAUAAUAUGCAACUGAUCAUCCAAAUGUAAUGUUCAUUCUGGGCUGCAGUGUAACCUCAAGGUUGGUAUCAAACACAUACUACUGAUGGUAUUCAUAUGCCUAAUCAUUCAUUUAUUACUGUGAAGCUACAGUACACAUCUUUUCUCACAACUCCAGUAAAUUUCACGCCUGUUUGUGAUACACAGACAUUUGUUUCACCCCUGUUUAUUUGUGAUACACAACGGUUUCUGUAACAUAUCUCGUCAUGUAAUAUUUAUUAUGCAAAUUACAGUUAAACAAUAAUUUAGUGAGUUUACAAAUGCACUAAGGAUUUUUUUUAAAAGGACUAAAUAAUUGAUUUAUAGAGCAGGUUUGUGCAGUAUUCCCUUUUUAUGCUCCUACACUCAGUGUCUCUUCAUUUCCAAAAUCUUAUGAUUUAUUUACAUAGCAAAUACCAUAUUUUAUGCACUUCAUAGCAAGUUUCAUGUGAUGUCAAGUUUUUUGCUUUUACCUAAUGUGUCAAACCCUCAUUAAUAUUGUAAAGUCACUAUUUAUCAACCGCACAUGCACAGUAGAGUUACGUCUUAAUGCACAUGUGUUGUCUAUAUAUUGAGUCUGAUUGUUGUCAGACAUUUUUCCUCCAUGUAAUUUUGCACCAGUUUGUUGUUGAGACGACUAUUAACAAAGGGCAGCUCACCUCACUGUUUUUGUCCAUA